ACAGUUUAUAAUAACAAGAAAAAAAUUGCUAAACAACAUCCAUCAAAAGUUAAAGAAUAUUUUAUUAAAAAUAAAGAUUCACUUUGUAUAUAUAAUAUAGAUGAUUAUCAUAAUAUUCAUGAAAAAAGAAGACCAGAUAAUACUAAUUUAUCAGGAGCAGCUCAUUUAGCAACAAGUAUGUGCAAAAAAAUUCAGCAAUGUGGACCAGUACUAGUAAAUUUUAAUGAUGUAUCAGUUCAUAAUCCAGUAAAUAUUGAUGCAUCAAUUAUUUGUGAACAACUUAUUAAUACAUAUCAAGGGCUUUUUGAUCUUUCUUAUACUCAAC